AUGAACAGCCGCACUGUCCUCCAGGAAGAAGUGACGCGAUGGGUGGAGGCUGUUUCUGGUGAAAGUAAAGGCCGGCUGGGUCUGACGUUCUCGGUCCUUUGCAAAGUGGCCAACACCAUCCAGCCAGGUAUCAUUCCGGCCAUCAACACUUCCAGGAUGCCUUUCAAGCAGAUGGAAAACGUCACAGCCUUCAUCAAGGCCUGCCGCACCCUUGGAGUUCUGGAGAAAGAUGUCUUUUCCACGGUGGACCUGUUCGAGGCCAAGAACCUCACGUCGGUGCAAAGGUGCAUCUUCAACCUUGGGUCGAUGGUGCGACGAACAGCUCCCGACUUCCCAGGACCAUUCCUUGGCGUCGCGCAGAAUGCAAAGGUGGAAGAUUCGAAGCGCCAGAGCCAGGUCGUCACGCAGUUCACUGGCCUACGGCAGGACAUCGCAGAUGAGCUGCGGACUGGGCACAACGUCCGUGUAGCAGGGCAGCCGCCCAGCUGA